GGCGUGGCGGAUACCCGACCCGUUUAAAAGGACCGUUAGAAGGGGAAUUAGAGACAGCGAAGGAGAAAGACGAUCCCACAAAAAAUGGUUGCGAUUUCGCUUUACAAAGGGAAGCUCCACCGGAGCCCUGACGUUCCCCACCAAUGGCUAGUGCCCACCCCCAAAAUCUCUGCUAAGGAUUUCAAGAAUCUCCUCCAACGCCGUUCCAGAGCCCUUUCUCGCCUCGAGGCCACCACCACGAACCCUAACCCUAACCCUAAUGAGAAUUCUGUUGACGAUGCUACUUCGGAUGAUAGAGAACCACCUGAAUCCGACGGACCUGCUGUGGAUGAUGUCUCCAAACAUGAGGAAGCAUCAAAGGUUAAUGGCGAUAAAACAUUUGAUGACGAAUUGGUGAAAUCGAAUCAUGCAGAUCAACAGAAAGAAUCAAAGGUCGGCGAUGAAGAUGAGACUUUGGUGAUUCCUGGUGAACAAUUAGUGGCAGUUGAUGAUGCUAAAGCUGUUGUUGAUGUCCCGGAAAACGCCUCAAAUGCUGUGGAUGACCUUCAAGACGAAGGGAAAACGGAUGCUCAACAUCAGUUAGAGCCCCUUAAGAACGUUACACUGAGUGAUAUAGAGAAAAGGAAAAAGGAGGUUGAAGAGAAGUUGCAGAUCCUGAAUGCAAGGAAGCAUAAUCUGGUACAAGUUCUGAAACAGAUUUUGAGUGCUGAAGAGGAGCUACGAAGAAGAAGCAAUGUGCAGCAGGGUACUACCACAGGGCACCAAUCAAUAUCUCUCCAAGUGGAUGUUGGGAAUGACUCUGGUUCCAUGAGUAGACAGGUGACUCCACGACCCGCUUCAGAAGUCAACUGUAAUGGCGAUACAGAAGGAGAUGAUGCUCAAAAUCAAAAUCAAAAUCAAAAUCAACAUUCACGCAGUUUACCAAGAAUGAGUAGCGUGUCACCAUCUUCAGAUUCCCUUCAUAGAAGGACCCCUUUUGCUAUGGCAUCAAAUCCUUCACGAACAACUUCAGGUGUAGUGACAAGUAGCCCAUCAAGAUUUGCUCCUACAAGCCAACAAGCCAAUGGUGGUACUUCUGUAUUCAGAGAUGCCAGGCUUCCUAGUCCAUGGAACUAA